AUGGCUGCCCAAUCCACGACUCCCGAAAACCGAGUUCCCGAAAACCGAGUGCCGCUCUGGAUUGUCGAAAGGAGAGGACUCGAGGAACCUUUCACGACGCUCUUCUCAGAUGGCAUAAAUGCUUUGAGAUAUUCCCGCCAAAUACGGACACCUGAUAUCAGCUACCAAGUGAAGACAGGUCACCUCACCAUCCAGAAUAUGACCGAGCCACGACAUUCCGCUGAAUCGGGUUCUACCGUAUACACAAUAUUCCAUAGUAUUUAUGAUAGCGACCUGAAUUACUUUGGGGAGUGGAGUAAUUUGCGCUGGGUUGAAGAUAAGAAAAGUGCCAUUGACUGGUUUGCUAAUUGGUUAAACGAGGUGGAUGAAUUGGCAUUACAUUCACAUAUAAACUUUCUAGAACGAACACCCGAGAAAUACAAAUAUACGGAGGGCACGUGUGUAGUCAAGGCUUGGAUUGCUGAGGUAGUAGUAGACGAAAAGGUUCCAGAGAUUAGACAACUUCCCGGGAAUCCGCCCAGACCGGGUUCUCCUUUUACGUUUUGA